AUCGCUGGCUUGACAGCAGUACGGGGCUGGGGCGCGAUGAGGGAAACCCUUGACCAAAUUCUCCUGAAUUUGUCGUCAACGUGCUCAAACCUCCACUCGUGUCGUCCGCUAUCAUCUCGCUCGACCAAAACAUCUUUCGUUCAAGCUUCUUGUCCGAUUAAAGUCGUCUUGGUGUACGUUGGUGUUUCUCGGCCUAGUUUAGCUUUGGUUAGCUUCCUAGCCGCUAACAAAGAGGCGCUAGUGCUCAACACAUCGCUGCGUAGAGAUCGUAAGCGUAAAGUGUUGUAAUUAUCUGCACUAUGUGCGCAAGAAGGACAUCAGUAUACGAGGAGGAACUUUGUAGAGAAAAAGAGGACCACAAGGGACAACGUCAACUGCUGGACGUCAUUGGCAAGAUGCAGCCAAGAAUUGUUCUUCGCAGAUUAGACAUCAGUGAAGAUGUUUGUCGUGAGCGGCUGGAUGCAGAACCCUCUCACAUUAAAGAGGAGAGCAGAGAGGUCUCCCACAUUAAGGAGGAAGAGGAGGAGCAGGCUCUUUACAUGAAAAAACAGGAGGAGCCAGAGCACCCUUGCACGAAAGAUGAUAUCAGCAAAGAUGUUUGUCCUGAGCAGCUAGAUGUAAAGCCCUCUCAAAUUAAAGAGGAAGAGUACAGCAUAGAGGUCUCCCAUUUUAAGGAGGAAGAGGAGGAGCAGGCCCUGAACAUUCAAAAAGAGGAGCAGCCAGAGCACCCUUGCACGAAAGAUGGUGACAACACAUCAAAUGUUGAUGAGGAUGAAGAGUCCAAUGGUGAUCAGACAUGUCACACUGACAACACACCCUGGAAAUGUCCUCGGUGUGGCAAAACGUUUACUUACCUGAGUCAUUUGAAAAGACACGUGAGAAUUCACAGUGGUGAGAAACCUUUUGCCUGUUCCGACUGUGGCCAAAGAUUCUCCCAUAAAGGAAAUUUAAAAAGACACACAAGAACCCACACUGGUGAGAAACCUUUUUCCUGUUUGCUUUGUUGCCAAAGAUUCUCUUGUAAGGUAACGUUAAAAGCACACACCAGUACCCACACUGGUGAGAAACCCUUUUCGUGCUCAGUUUGUGGCCGAAGAUUCUUUUGGAAGGGAAGCUUAAUGAACCACACAAGAACGCAUACCAGUGAGAAACCUUUUUCCUGCUCAAUUUGUGGCCAAAGGUUCUUUUGGAAGGGAAGCUUAAUUAACCACACAAGAAUGCAUACCAGUGAGAAACCUUUUUCUUGCUCAAUUUGUGGCCAAAGAUUCUUUUGGAAAGGAAGCUUAAUUAACCACACAAGAACACACACCGAUGAGAAACCUUUUUCCUGCUAAAAAUACACAUAAGAACCCACACUGGUGAGAAAUCUUUUGCCUACUCCAUUUGUGCUCAAAGAUUCUCGUGGAAGUAUCAGAUUAAUAAUCUGUGUGAUGAUGAGAUGAACCGUUCUGAAUGAAAUUUUCACCUCAUCUGUGCAGUCUUCAUGAGUCCAUGCACCAAGGCUGAUUGUAUUUCAUGUACUUUUCCUUGCAUUGAAAAUGUUUUAAUGAAUUAGAAAAUCUUGCUUUAUCGCCAACAAUACUUUUGGAUUUUUCAUUUACUUAGUUUGUAUCUGGUUUUGAGUAGUGGUCUUUAUAUAUAGUUUGUUUUCACUAUUUUCAGAGGAGAUGUGGUUGUUUGAUUUAGUUCUUAGUUUUUUUUAUUUGUUUCCUUUUUUCUUUUUGUUUUAAAUUUUACCGUCCUUGACUGUACAGCACCCCACAUGUUCUGAUAUGUGUUUAAUUGUCUUUUAUUGGAUGCGAUCCUGAAUAAAAUGGACAUCAUCCAUUUUGUCAUAAAAUGUGUGAUGGAACCAUGUAAUUUGU